UAUCGCGCGAAAACGCGCAAUUUAAUUUUAGUUUGGGGAGUUUAAUGCACGCGUCCGGCCGUUAGUCAACAGCUGAUUUUUGUCAAUAAUUGAGGUGUUAUUUACACGCAAAAUUGCAAAACAACAAAUAAUAGACCAUGUCGGACUCGGACGACAACGCGAACAAUUUGCCCGACGGGCAGAUGGAAAACGGGCACAUUUCAGUCGACUCGCAGUUCAAUUUUUCACGCGAGAGACACUCUGGCACGAACCAAGCGUCCGACCAGUUCGAUAUUGAUUUACCGACCUCGCACCGUUAUUUGGGCAAGUUGGACAAUGUCACAGGUUACACGUUUUACGACGACGGUGAGGUCGCCACUUUGGCGGCCAUUCAGACAAACACGCUGGUUUUCCCCGGUUUCACGUUACCGCUAGUGUUAAAUAACGAUCUGGAGAUAAACAUGCUACAGAGACACACUUCGAAGAAAAACGCCUUUGUUUUACUGACCCCUGACAAAACUUUUAAGGGCUUUUUCACGUACGGGGUCAUUAUGGAGAUUUUCGAGACGCAUUUGCGCAACAGUGUGCUCUAUUUGAAGGCGAGGAGUCGGCAAAGGUGCCGAUUAGUUCCCGGGAAGGAGAUUAAAACCCUGAUCGGUGACUUGUAUCAAGUCACCGUGGAGGUCAUGCUGGAGCCACCGCCAACUUCGCCCCUUUGCAACACACAGCUGAACUCGCUUAAAAUCCGCAAACUGUUCAACUGUACGGAAUAUAGAGAGUUUUACAAGUACCGCAAGUUCAGAUUGUUUCACCUCAGCCAGUUUCCGCUAGCGAGCUGGGUUUAUGACAAACACGAGAUUUGCUUUCUCCACCAUAAACUUGUAAACGCGUUGUCUAACUAUUAUUUAAUCGAGUUUAUUCCGGACGAUCCGGUGCAGUUGUCGUAUUGGUUUGUGCAGAACUUUCAGUUAAGGCACGAGGAAAGACUGAGGAUUAUGGUGUUGAGGACGGCCGUUGAGCGGCUGAGGCUUGAACUCAAAUAUCUCAACAUGAAAAGACUGAUUUGUUGUGCGAAAUGUGACGCGGAAAUUGCGCAGCAUAGUAACGUUUUUCCAAUGUCGAAGGACGGCGUUCAGAGCAAUUACUGCAAUCCGGAAGGAUACGUUUUUGAGACGGUGACGGUCUCAAAAGCUACAAAUUUCACACUUUUUGGGUCGCCUUCGGCUCAGUUUUCGUGGUUCCCUGGGUAUUCCUGGACUAUCAUGCAUUGUAAAAUGUGCAGUUCGCACCUGGGGUGGAAAUUCUCGUCGGUGAAUCUAAAACCGGCCGUUUUUUACGGCCUUGCCAAAAGUGGUUUCGAUAUUAAGAUCGUGAAAGAGGAAUCUGAGGUUUUGUAAUUACGAGUAUUCGUUGAAUGGUGAUGAUGAAGUAGGGGCUGUGAAAUGCUAUUCAUUGUGUAAUUCUCACCUAAUUAGGAAACACGUGUAUUUAGGUGUAAGGUCGCAAUAAGAGAACAGUGAGUAUUUCAAGAUUUAUUUUAAAAAAAUAAUAAAGCGCUUAUGUAUAUAAA